CUCAAACAUUAAUACAAUAUAAGUAAUUAGCAUUUUCAUGGCCACUCCAACAUUCAGCCUACCUCGAAAGCAAACGGUAACAAAAGGUACUAAAAUGUCAUGGAAAUUGAUGCUUGUUGUACUUAUUUUGGGAGUUGUAGUGCAAACUUCCUCGGCAAGAAAACUUCUUAGGAGGGAUUUAAUCAACCUCAAUGGUUUUGACCAAAUUUUAGGAGGACUUGGUGGCGGCGGUGGUGGCGGCGGCGGCGGCGGUGGUGGUAGUGAUGGUGGAUUUGGUGAGGGCUUCGGAUUUGGUGAGGGUCAUGGAUCGGGUGCUAAUGAUGGAUUUGGCCAAAUUGUAGGUCUUAUUGGCGGCGGCGGUGGUGGUGGCGGCGGCGGUGGCGGUGGUGGAGGUAGUGAUGGCGGAUAUGGUUAUGGUAUUGGAUAUGGCGAGGGUCAUGGAUCCGGUGCAAACGGUGGCGGCGGUGGUGGAGGGGGUGGCGGCGGCGGUCAAAAUGGUGGUAAUGGUUUUGGUUUCGGAUAUGGAUCGGGUCAUGGUGGUGGCAAUUGAUCCCACAAUUUGCUUGAACAUUAUUUUUGUUGUUUUAUUAAAUAUAAUAAUUUAAUCAAUAAAUAAAAGGCAAGUAAUGUGCUAGUGAUUCUUGAAUAAAAUGUUGCUACCACAAAUGUUAUUUAUUUAUUAUUAAAGAAUCGAUAUUAUGUAA